UAUGAUAAUAACAUUUUACAAUUAUUUGCAAUCAUGGUUACAUAAUAUAACCCCGGUUACUGAUUCUUGGUAUUCUUGGUAUAUUACGUUUGUAGAUAAACGAGAAACUGUAAACCACGAACUAUGAUUAUAAUCAUAGUUCGUGUUUUGUGUCAAUAAUUAAUUUUUUUUUUUUAAAGAGGGACGUUAUGUUGGUACCACUGUCCUUCAACGUAUGUGUGCGUGUGUUUGUUUGUGUGUGUAUGUGUAUGCGUCGAGAGAAAAGACGCCAUAUUAUAUAUUGUUUUUGUAACGACCACACAUCUGCUGUUCUCAUGUCAGACAUCAGACGUCAUCCUGUACCAGAAAGGUUAUUCAAAAAAGUUGAUCUAUUAUUUUUUUAAAGGUUGUACAAAAUUGACACAGAAUCGAAAUUUUUAAAGAAGACGAUGAAUUUUUUAAAAGCAGUUAUUUUAUUAUGGACCGGCAUCAUAGUUUUCCAUGCAUCGGUGACCGCUAUUGUGGUUGAUGAUAUGGAAAUAAGUGCAGUAACAGUAAACUCUUGUGGAGGCAUGUUUAAAAAUAUUACAGUACAAUAUGCUUUAAUACGUUAUUGGGGGAACCAGCAUAUCUUUGAUUGGGUCUACUUCACUCCAAAUGCUACUUAUGGACCACAAAAACAAUUUACAAUAACUUAUGAUCGUUCGCCGUGUAAUGAAGGAAUACAGCAUGCAUUUCAAAAAAUUGAAUCGCCUGUAAAGGUCUAAAAAGAAGAAUACUGGAGUUAACAGCAAGCAAUUACAAUUCAAUCCAUCACAAAAAGAAAUGUCAAAGAAAUUAAUAA